UUUAGACUUUAUUCGUAAGGUAGACAAAAAUAAUAAGAAAGUUUAUACAAUCAACGAGUUUUUAUUUAAUUAAGUGCGAACACAUUUACAUAUAGAUUAGAACUUGAAUCAGUACUUUGUUUUUGUUUAUAACUUGGAAGCACGUGGUUAUAUAAUUUGUUUUGAAAUCAUUUCGAAAUGUCGAAAAAGUCGAACAAAUCUACAAAAUCUACAAAAUCUACAAAAUCAACAAAAUCUACAAAAUCUACAAAAUCUAAGAAAUCAAUACGGAGAAAACGAGGCAAAAGGAAGGGAAGGAGAAAUUUUGAAAAUAAAACAUUUGAAAUCAAUAAUCUAUCUGGACGAACGAACAAUGGAAGCGGUGCUAGUACAAGUCGCGUGUUUUUUAAACCUCAACAAAUAUCGAGCAUGAAUAUAUCAAACAAUUUAGGUUUGAUAUCAAAUGAUCUUGUUCAAAUGGCAGAUUCUAAUAAAAAUAGUAGACAAGAAAUCACUCAUGGAAUGAAUCAAAGUCUACCUCAUUCAAGUAAUAGUAAUUUACAUCUGUUAGCAAAUAAUAUUAAUUCUAACUCGAAAGCAUUUAUAAACCCAAAAGCUGAGUGGUUUAAAUGUGUAGUAUCAUUUAGUAAAGCUUAUGAAAAUCCUUGGAGUCAAUUCCAAUUAGCGCUGAAUAGCGCAAGAUUUAGAGAGACAAGUAUUCUACCUGUAAUGUUAAACAUAUCUGAAAACGAAAUGUCUUUUUACAUCUAUGAAUAUUACAUAGCAUUUGAAUUGAAUAGAAUUCAUAUUAAUAUUUUUAAUGAACAUGGAUUUCGAGUCAGCAUUACAUCAGAAUAUCCACCACAGUGUGAAAUCAAUGAUGAUGUAAAAACAAAAAUAAAAAAGGUUAUAGCUACAUCAAAUAUUCUAAACCGAAAUUGUAUAGAUUUAUCUUUAUUUUAUACUAAAGAAGACUUUAAGCAUCAUUUUUACCCCCUAUAUCAACCAGCCAUAAUGAAGAUCGUGUUAGAUUCUUUGCACGAAUAUGCACCUAAGUUACAAGCAUUACGUUUAAGAGGUAACAAGUUAAACACACUUGAAAGUCUUAAACUAAUACAUAGACAAUUACCUGAAUUACAAAUGCUUGAUUUAAGCGAUAAUAAGAUUCAAAUAAUUGAGCAAUUAAACUAUAUAAAAGCAUUACGAUUGAAAGUUCUUUUUUUGACAAAUAAUCCUGUGCGCACAAAGUACAAAAAUAGGGACGACUAUAAUAGAGAUGUACGCACAAUAUUUCCAAGACUUCUAUUUUUGGAUUACGUGAAAUUACCGCCUCCAAUAUUAUUUGACAUUGAUGAUGUAAAAGAAUUGCCUCUGACUCAAAAAUUAUUCGUUAAUAAUGCUUCGGGACAAAAUAUAGCAGACGUGUUCGUGUCAGAAUAUUUUUCUAUUUUUGAUAGCGAAAAUAGGCACCCGUUAUUGAAUGCGUAUCAUGAAAAUGCACAAUACAGUUUAACUGUAGGAAAUAGUGACGAAUUAAGAGUAUAUUUUUCAAAAGAUAGAAAUUUAUUAAGAAUAACCAAUUGCAAUGAGAGACAGAAAUUAUUAAAACAAGGUAAAUUACAAGUUCUAUCUCUUAUAACAGAACUACCAAAGACAAAACACUAUUUAAAUACAAUGGAUGUCAAUGUUUUAACUGAACAAAUAAUGUUGAUCGAGCUAACAGGAUUUUUCAACGAAUCGAAUAAUCAGUUACGCUAUUUCAAUAGAACAUUUAUUAUAGUACCAAAAGAAAACGGUUAUUGCAUUUCUAAUGAGCAAUUGUUUAUUAAUAUGCCUACUGAGGAACAACUUGCAAAAUUCUUUAAUAAUGAUACUAUGCAACAAAUAUCCAAUGUAUUUGAGAAUAUGGAAUUAUAACUUUUCAAGAACUUUUCAAACUUGAACAAGUACUUCUUCAGAUAGCAUUAACAACAUAAAAUUUAGUUUAAAAUAAGAAUAAGGAUAAGUAAUAAUGCCAUUGUAUAUUUAAGUUGUUUUUUAAACUAUCUUUGUGUCAGAAUGAAAAAGAAGAAAUGAAAGUAUUGUAAUGAAAGUAUAUGAUUGAAAAUUUGUUUUCUUUUUUUUUUUUUUUAUUUGUUGCGUUGCCGCACACUUUUAAUUUGACGAUCGUGCUCAGAAAUAGGAAGAUCGGACGGCUAUAGCCAUUAUUUGCGGCAACGUGUUAAGGAAAUGUACAAACAUAACACAAAGCAUAUUAAGGAUUUAUUGAGAAUGUUUAUUUGUCUUCUUUACAUGUAUUAUAUUUUUGUAUUAUAUGUGUAUUAUUGUACUUUUCUUUUUACUCUUUACUUCUAAACUCUUAGAAGUUCGAGGUACUUUUUUUUUUUUUAUUAUAAAUCUUUUUAUAUUCAUUCAAUUAUUAAUCAAAGAAAAUACGCCCGUCUUUUUUCGCCUUUUUGUAAUCAACAACGUUUACACGAUUUUGAUCUUUUGUUUCUCCAGGCGGAUCAUUUAUCCACAUAUUACUGUGGAUCUAAAAUAAAAAUCUAAAAUAAAUUUAAUUUUAAUUAGUAUUAUUUAGAAUUAGUUUUUUUAUUAUAU